AUGAAAGUCAACUUAGCUGCCCAGGUAUAUAUUGCCUUUGCUUACAAUUUUAUUGCUUAUUUUAAAGAUAUUUUCACAAUUAUAUCAAUAAUAUCUUCUUUUUGUUCUAAGGUACUUAGUACUUCAGUUGCGAAUGCUCUUCAAUCAUUUUAUGAUCAGAAGUUACAAGGCACAGUAGAGUUUAUCAAAAUGUUUGAUAAAUUCUUUGAUUGCAUGAAUACCAGAUCAUUGACGGAGGCAAGCAGAAACAGAAAACCAGAUUUGGCUCCAUACACAUCACCUGGUGAUUCGCGUUUAAAGGUGUUCGCUUAAUUUUAAUUUGAUAUUACAUUCUAAAGCAGGGAUGCCCUGCUUAUUUCUUGAUAAGUACGAGUACUGUCAAUACUUAAAAUGUAUAGAGUAUAACUAAUUUGUUUGUUUUUGCCAAAUCAGUGGUUGAAAGAGAAUUUCCUAGAGUAUCUGAGAAAUUGGUCGAAUUCAGUGGAAAGCUUAGAAAACCUUGAUCCCAAGCAAAAGGCCAAAAUGAAACUAAGUCAUCAAACUGUUGAAGGACUACGAAUGACAGGUAUUGAAUAUACUAGUUUCAGAGUUUCUGCAUGAUGGAAUUAGAUUAUGUAUUAAUUUUUGCGUGGCUUCUGUUAUUUAUUUAGUUAAUUCAUUUGUGGAAUUGACAAAAUAUUUGCUGGUCCACACUGGUGCAAAGUUCAUUUUAAGUGAACGUUUUAACCAAGACCCAUUGGAAUCACAUUUCGGAAAACAGCGACAAAUGAAAGGGGGAAAUGACAACCCAACAGUUGCACAAUUCAACCAAAACGAGAACAGCGUACGUCUUCUUGGUUCUCAAGCACUGGCUCCUGUUAGUGGAAAUAGCAAGAGAUCGGGCUAUACCCAAGAAAUUGACGACACUCCAUUGCCGAAAAGGCCAAGAAGACCAAAACAGAAAAGUAAUGGACCUUUCCCCUUAUAACUAGAAUUUUGAUCUAGACAAGUCUGGACAAAAAUUUCAUCUCAGCUUGAAAGAGCAUCACAAAAUUAGUAAUAUUGCAAUUUUCAGUCAUUUUGUAUUACAAACGGGAAAUUGAUGCCCCAACACCCGAUUGGGCUGUCAGUUUCCUACGCGUAAUACAAAAUGACUGGAAAACGGCAAAUUUUGCAAGGCUAUAUUAUCCGCAUUUUACAACAUUUUACAACGAAACUUCGGAAUAUUACUAAUUUUGUGAUGCUCUUUUAAGCUGUGAUGAAAUUUUUGUUAUCAAUAGCAGAAGUGCAAAGUAUUCCAUCUCUGGUAUUUAGUUCCCGCACGCAUGACUCCUCCAUUAACGAAUAAAAUCGUAUGGCAUUGAUUAGACAUGAGCAUGAAAUAAUGAAGUAAGGCAAACUGCAUUGGUUUUAGUCUCCAUAUCGGUUGAAAAAUAA